CUUUAACUUCCCCCUCGUUCAUGCUUCCUUCUAACGACUAAACUUCCCCACCAAGAUUCAACCGGCUGCUCUCUCUUCCCUGUUGCUUUCCUGUCACUCAUUCUCCUUUGCCUCUCUCUUCUUUUCUCCUCCUGAGCAUUUGGGGCAUCCUGGUGAUGCGGUCGGCGAUCCUCCCAUAUUGACUUUCCCCUGUUGUUUACCCCCGUUGGCUGCCCGCCCCAGCCCACUUGACGAAUUCUGAGACGACCACUUUUCUCUACCUGAUAAAACAUAGAACAUUCCCUCCUGAGAACUAUUCAGACUACGGACUUUUCAAACACGCAACCAUUCUUCUCAACUUAUCAAACCACAAUCAUGCCGUCCAUUCCUCCUCCCCUGACUCUAUCUCACCGCCAUACGCGGAGUCGAUCAUCCAACAUUGAUUUCGACCCUAUUUCACCAGGCACCUACGCUCCCAACGGUUUCUCCUACCAGUCGCCUCGGUCGCCUCAUACGCCUCGUUCAUCCGCUCCCCCCUCUCCCGUUGACUCCCGCCCGCAGCGCGCCCACAGCAUCAAUGAAUCGCACCGCAUGUCGGUCGACUUCGGCGGCGCGGCCGGUGGAGGCGGGCUGGGCAACUUAGCAGACGAACUGGCCGACGCAUGGGAGGAGGAAGAAGGAGGUUACGGAUACGCCUCGGGGCAGGACGCUGGUGUCCCCGACGCACAAUACGCGGACCACAGCGAGGACGAAGCUGCAUACAACCACCACGCCCGCACUCCGUCAUCCGGAUACUCCCCCGAGCGGAAUUCCACACUGCAACCGCCCCGUCCCAAAACGCGAAACGGCACUCAACGACAACACCGACGAUAUGAGUCACAGUACGAUGGCUCCGACUACGGUAAUGACUCGGACUUCGAGGAAUCGGAUAUGCCCCCGAGUCUGGAAACGCAGAUGGCCGAGAUCGAGAGCCUGGCUCGAAGAGGCAUUGAGAACAACGGCAGUGAGAACGACUAUGUGAUCCAACGGACGGUGGAGGCGUUGCGGGAUUUAGGCGCGCAGAGUGGCAUUGAGAAUAAUGCAAUGAGACUUAUCACCGCUCACUCCUCCAUCACGUCGCAUCUCACACACCAAACCCGGGCCCUGCAAAACCUUAUUCACCCUCUCCUAUUCUCACCUUUCCCGCUCCUUUCUGACGAUGCCAUUGACGCGCUCAUCCCGCUCAUCGACGAAGAACUUCUGCCUAACCUCCCCUAUCCUUUCCCCGACCAGCCACGUCACUCCUCCCGACCCACCACCCCCUCCCAAGCCUCGACCCUCAACCCACUCGUCUCCCUCCAAAGCCUCGUCUCGCAGACCUCUGACAUCACCCUCUCCCUCCGCGGUCUGAGCGAUACACUGUACGAAUCGCGACAACUGACCUCCACAGCCUCGAGACGACUCCGGUCCGCACGGGAACUGGUCGCGGAGCUCCGCCGGGAAGAAGAGGGCCGCGAGGAGGGAACCCGAUGGAUCGAACGCGGAGACUGGGACCGACGCCUCCGCGACCGGGAAGCCGGUCGUGUCUGCGGCGACGUGGUCAGCGGUUUCGAGGCUGUCUGCGGCGAAUGGCGGGAGAAGCUCUUUGGUGCCGCCGGAGCUACCGCUGCUACCACUGGCGCAGAAGUAGCUGCCGCGUGAUGAUACCUUACCUCUAAAAGAUACCGCAUUAAGUGAAGGGGCCCCCCUUCGCAUCUCGACAAAUUCAAAACAAAGUUUCAUGUUGCUGCUUGCUAUACGCAUAUCAUGGAUAUCUUUUGGCACUAUCACAAAACCCCCUACCCCCUCCCCUUUUUCUUAGCUUCUGUUCAUUUCUUCAUUUCUUCUUCCAGUAUAUAUAGAUAUUACCUUGAUCCCUAUCUAUUUCUUUUCAUCUUCACCUGAGCACCUUCUUUGCCAUGCCCAGGAAAGGAAUGGGCAUGAUAAUUGCUGGCUUGGUUCUACUUCAUCUUGUUUCUUCCAUCUUUCGCCGGUCGAAUCUAGACUUUUUGCUAUUUAUCUUCUCUCUCGACUCCACUAACCUCAGUUCUUCAUGCUUAUCCUUGCUUCC